UGAAAAAUUCCAAGCUAAAAGACUUGGAAACCCAAUGCUUUUAUAUAAACAAUAAACGCAGAAGAUGUAAAAACUUGAUUGGACCUUAAACUGUUGGUGGAAGGUGCUUUAAGAUGAAAUGCACAAAUGAAUCCUGUGGAGGCGAGUUUCCUGCAGGAGCAAGAUUCUGUACAGGAUGUGGUAUGGAAGUACAGACAACAGUUCCUGUUAAGUCAACACUAUGUCCGUCUUGUAAUAACAUUGUUAUGGAAGGAUACAAAUUCUGUUACAGCUGUGGAGUGAAAAUUGACCCUGCACUAUUUAUAAACAGAGUUUGCUCUGGUACUAAAGAUGAUGGACAGAAAUGUAACACAGUGUUGACUUUUGGUUCCAGGUUUUGUCAGUCUUGUGGUACACCUCAAGACACACCUAAUACUAGCAGUAAAUUUAAUUUACCAGGAGAUGCACCAUUAAAACUAAGUUUACAAAUUUCUCAUCAGAAGGAAGGCAACCUAGAAAGAACUACCCCCACUGUUGAGGAAGAACAUCCCAGUUCAGGAUCUAGCAGCCCUGAUUUAUGGGAAGUUCCAACCAUCACACUGGACUCUAAAGAUAAUCAAACCAAACCUGUAAAAGAAAUUUUACAGCAGGAUGAUAGCCAAAUAAAUCUCCCUAAGAUUGAACCCAGCAAUAAUAGUACAAUUACUUCUACAAAUGACCAAGAUGUGAAGAGUAUAGAAACUGGACAAGACUGCUCCUCAAAAAUAGACAAUGAGGGUUUGGAGAUAACAGAUCUACAGAGUGAUGAAGCACAAGAAAGUCGACAAACUGUUCCAGUAGACAUGGAGAGUCCACGGCUUACAGAUCAACAGACUGGUGAGCUGCAGAACAGUAGUCCCACUGGUCCAGUCGACAAGGAAGGUCUAGAGGUGACAGAUCAACGACAUGUUAUUGGCAAGCAACAAGGCAAUGAACUGACUGGUCCAGAUGACAUGGAAGGUUUAGGGCAUACAGAGCAACAGACUGGUGAGCCAAAAUGCAGUGAGUGUUCUAGUCCAGUAGACAAGGAAGGUCAAGGGCUGAGAGAUCAUCAGAGUGGUGGAUCACAAAGCAAUCACCAUGCUGGUCCAGAAGACAAGACGAACCUAAAUCUGUCAGAUAAAAAAGCAAUUGAAACAGAAGGCAGUGGACUUUCUGGUCCAGUAGACAAGGGAGGUCCAGGGCUGAUAGAUCAAAAGUACAUUCCACCAGCUGAAAGUAUUUUGAGUGACAGUGAAAAACUAGCAGUGAAAAAAGAAGCAUCUACAUCAGAGGCAGAGAAUUCUAAAGAUGCUAAGGAGAAGGAGUCAGCUGAGGGAAUGGAUGCUUCAGAAACAAAACAUGAUAAAAAUGAACCAAUACAAGCAGAAUCAGAAUUGACUAAAAUGGAGACACAAAGUACUGGUCCCCAGUCUGAUCAUAGUGACAAUAAUUGGAACCAGGACACAGAAAAGUCAAGCAAUGAUACAGAAAUGGAUGAUCAGAAUACACAGUUACAAGUUGAUGAGAGUGAUAAACAAGGACAGAAAGAGAAAGAUGCUAUUGAAGAUAGAGAGAAUAAAAAGAAAGAAGCUGAUCAGAAGGAACAAGAAGAUACUGAAUCUGUGAAAGAUGGAGAAGACAAAAAUAAUGAAAGACCAUCUAAAAGAAAAGCUGAAGAGAAUGGAGGACAGAUAAAGAAGAUUAAAGGAGAAGAAGACAAUUGUGACAAUGCAAAAAAUACAGAUGAAGAAACAAAGGAUAAGUAUGGAGUUCAAGAAGAAGGUGAUAACAAACACUGUGAAAAAACAUCUGAUGCUUCUUCAGAUCAACACCCUGCUGAGUCAGUUAAUGAUGAAGCAUUUUCUGGUAGAAGCAAUGGUGAAAACAAUGGAAUACAAGAAUCUGGAAGCAGUGUUGACCCACCUCCAGAUAACUCUAAUUCCAGUAUAACAGAUGAAGUUGAUAUAACAAAGAAAGGACAAGAAGCCACUACCAAUACAACGAAUAAUACAGAUGCAGAGAAUAACAACAGUGAUGUUUCUGAAAGCAAGACCAAAGAGAUUUCACAUUCAGAAGAUAAACCAGGAGAAAAAGAAAAUUCUAAAAGAAUCACACGAUCUACUACCAAAGCAAUGAAAGAAAAGGAAAACAAAGCCGGGAACAAAGAACAGGAAUCUGAGAAAAGAAAUGCUAAGAAUGGAGUUGAAGGAAGGUCUGUAGAAAGCCACCCAAACAGAGGACUAGGAAAAUCUACAAAUGCUUCAUCUUUUGAUGUUUUCUUUCAUGCAAUUAUGCAUUCAUCGAUCUAUAAUGAUAGCUGUACUGCUUAUGUCAGGUUUGCCUUAGAUAGGCUUGGUGGAUGGACUUGCAAAAAACAUGAUCUGUUUCCUGUUAAAAAACUUUCAAAUGGAAAUUAUGAAGUUGGAAGAUCGAUAUCUAUUCCAAGGGAUUGUUUGUCAACCACAAUUGCAUACAGUUACUUUGUAGUUUCUGGGAACUCUGAUAUGAUGGAGUACAUUUUCCACAGCAAUGACAAUAUAAGAUAUGUAUUUGUUAAACCAGAUGAUCUGAAAAAUACUGAUGGUAAAUUGCAUAGAUAUGAUGGUGUUAUUAGGGGACAAGAAGUCAAGGACGGAGUGGCUAAUUUUUUGUUGCGUUACACUGGUCUAGAAGCGAAACAGUACAGAAAGGAACUUUCUCAAGAUGCUCGCCAGGCGGUUAAUGUUUUUUUGCCUGAUUGGCAAACAGCCAAAAGUUCAGCCUCUGGAUGUUGUGGUGAAGCAAUGAUAAUGAAAAUUAAUUUGAUUCAUCAAAGUUUAGAAAAAAACUACUGCACAAUCAUGAAAGCUAUAUGGGAGAGAGAUUUAAUGCAGUUAUUCAGAGAAGCUCUUACAAAAAGUUUUGAACCAUUAUGGCAGGAAUUUAUAAACAAGAAAGAAUUUUGUAAAGAAGACAGGAAGAAAAUAAUGUUAAAUGCCAUAGCUGUUGCAUAUUUAUUUAAAGAAUAUCAGCUUUCAGUGAGCGGAGAUGAAGGUACUGCACUUUGUCAAGCUUUACUCCCUGAAUAUGGAGAUGAUGGAAAACAAUAUGAGAUUGAGCACCUAAAAGAAGAGAUGCAUUUAACAUUUCAGUAA